UUUAACAGUUGCCAACUUCUUCUUCUUUCUUCUCCAAAUCCUAGAGAGAGAGAGGUGGUGAAAAACUGAAAAUGGGUUUUGGGAAAAUCUUCUUCACGAUGAUCAUAGUUUGUUCAGUAGCUCUGAUCACAUACAACGUAAUAAUGUCGUCCAACGCUCCUCUCAAACAAGAUUUCCCCGGUCCAUCCAACUUCUCCAACGUUGACCCCAUCAUCAUCAAGUUACCCGGCGCCGCCGUCAAAAACAACCGCCGACUCUUCCACACAGCCGUAACAUCCUCAGAUUCCGUCUACAACACCUGGCAAUGUCAGAUUAUGUAUUACUGGUUCCAAAAGUUCAAGAACCAACCCGGUUCUGACAUGGGCGGAUUCACCAGAAUCCUUCAUUCUGGUAAACCCGACAACUUAAUGAACCAGAUCCCAACUUUUGUUGCUCAACCUCUCCCAGAAGGGAUGGAUCAGGGUUAUGUAGUGUUGAACAGACCUUGGGCAUUUGUUCAAUGGCUUCGGGAGGCUCAGAUUGAAGAGGAUUAUAUAUUGAUGUCUGAGCCUGAUCAUAUAAUAGUGAAACCCAUUCCAAAUCUAUGUAGAAAUGCAAAUGGAGGAGCUGCAUUUCCUUUCUUUUACAUUGAGCCUAAAAAGUAUGAAUCUGAACUUCGUAAAUAUUUUCCAGAGGAGAAAGGACCCAUUACUAAAAUUGAUCCAAUUGGAAACUCACCGGUUAUUGUUGGAAAGGAACACCUUAAGAAAAUCGCUCAAACUUGGAUGAAUGUCUCGUUAGCAAUGAAAAAAGACCCUGAAACCGAUAAGAAAUUCGGUUGGGUUCUUGAGAUGUAUGCAUAUGCUGUUGCAUCUGCUUAUCAUGGUGUUAGCAACACCUUGUACAAAGAUUUCAUGAUUCAGCCUCCGUGGGAUACUAAAGUUGGGAACAAGUACAUCAUUCAUUACACAUAUGGAUGCGACUACGAUAUGAAGGGUAAGUUAACUUACGGAAAGAUUGGAGAGUGGAGAUUUGAUAAGCGAUCUUACGAACAUGUUUAUCCUCCAAGAAACCUUUCAUUGCCACCGCCGGGUGUACCUGAAAGUGUGGUUACACUUGUGAAAAUGGUUAACGAAGCAACAGAAAAUAUACCCAACUGGGGUGGGUAAAAUAACUCGAAAAGGGCUGCUGAAGAAGUUUGUGUUUAUACAGUUGUUUUAGUCUAAACAAAUGAAUACAGAGAGCAAAAUGUGUUUCUAUUUUCUAUUACAAACGCAAAUCAAUGUAAGCAGAGAUAAGAUUGAUAAAAUUCCUCAUGUA